AUGCGAGUUCAAACCCUUGGGUUGGCUGCUGUCCUUAGCAGUACUAUACCGUUGGCUUCAGGACAAUGCAGCCGGGAUGCCCUCCAAGCGGCUGCCGAUCACUACGUAGCGACGCGAAGCACUGGAUUGAUGAACCUGAGGCCUCUGCUUAUUGAGAAUGCUUCCUACAUCGAGAACAACAACGCCACGGCUCUCACGGGGGGCGUCCUGAGCCAGACAAUGAUACCAGCCCAUAAUCGCAGUACCAUUGAUACUACAGCCUGUGCGACUUAUACGGAGCUGAUCGUGGUGGACGAGGCUAAGCCCUAUGUCAUCGGGACACAAAUUAGGUACAAAGCCACCAACACGUCGUCCUCUCCCGACGGGCCAAGGUACGGCGGUCUCCGAGCCAUCCUGAUCGACUCAGUCGUCUCCACGACGGGGUCCUGGAUGUUCAACGCCUCCCAGACACUCUCACAUGUAAUUGAGGAGAACUGGGGCCCCAUCGUCGACGCUUCCAAGCGCGACACUCGCGCCACGCUGCAGCAGGCCGCCGACCGGUACCUGGACCUCUGGGGACCGAACGCGACGGCGGCGGCCGAGAAGGUGCCGUGGGGCACGCCGUGCCGGCGGCUCGAGGGCUCCAUGUACACGGGGCAGGGGCGGCCGGACGACCGCUGCGACGUCGGGCUCCCGGAGGGCAGCAGCCCGCCCAACACGAACCGGCGCUACGUCAUCGACGAGGAGGCGGGCAGCGUCAACGUGCUGUGCACGUUCCAGACCAUGCAGGACGCGCCCGACAGCCACGAGUUCCGCGUCGAGGGCGGCAGGUUGAGGUACGUGCAUACCAUGACGGUGUGCGCCUGCGUGUUUGGGGGAAGAUAG